AGCUUUCUCUGUCAUUCUUGUUGGUUAAAUUCAUCUGAUCUAUUGUGUCAUGCACCUCACCUCACCUCUACGGGCUGCAUCGCUCUCACUUUCCUCACACGAGGGAAGGUCCAUAUAUACAGACCUUAACCUUCCUUGCCCGCCUUUCUUUUCACCUUGAUGCCUUUUUACACGAAAUAAACCUCUUGAUCUAACAAACUGCCCAGCCGUCCAUCAGCCGUACCUCGGCACGGAACCGGAACAUAACCCCCCCAAAAAAGCAUGGACAGUCCGACAGCCGGCUUCUUGGUACUCUGCGUGUUCGGAGCCCGAAAACCCAUUCGUAUUUUCCUCGUCUAACAACCGAACAAGCCUGCCUGGUUCCGUCUCCAGAGCACCAGACACAAAAUGCUCGAGGUCAUCUACGUGACCCGCCACGGGUUUCGGUCCAACUGGCUCGUUGACCCUGCGAGCGGCACCUACACAGCCGCCAUUCGGUCACCCACGGGAGGCCCUGCAGAUCCCGCCUUGACAGCACACGGUGUGGAUCAGGCCAGAGAGCUGGCCGGGCGCCUGGCUGCUGCGGACCCGCCCAUACGGCGCGUCUACUCGAGUCUGUAUUACCGCUGUCUUCAGACUGUAGAGCCCUUUGUGCGGACUGCAGGACAGGCUGCAGUGGUGACGAAGGAAAUAACAUCCGCAGAGGACGGCAGCCAAAGCUACAACGAUGGCACAAAAUUAACAACUGCGGCAGCAGCGGCGCCCGAAACAACAGGAGAGACAGGAUCUGACAAGGCGGCAGCAGCCUUUUUCGGCUUGAAGAUCCGCGGGGAGACUGGAUUAGGCGAGUGGUACGGCUCGGCGAGCUUCGAGCACCCCACUCCGGCUGCCCGCUCGAAGCUCGAUGCUCUCUUCCCGGCCCUGCUCGAUCCGGAUUACAGGCCGGCACUGGUACCGACGCGUACGGGCGAGAGCAUUGCCGAGCUGCACGACCGCGUCGCGGCCACCAUGGACGCACUCGUUGCCAACUGCGACCGCGAGGGUGUCCGGGCUGUGCUGCUCUGCUCGCACGCUGCAGUCGUCAUCGCCCUCGGCCGCGUCCUCACGGGUGCUAUGCCCGAUUGUGUCGAAGCCGAGGACUUCCGCGCCUUCACCUGCGGGUUGAGUGUCUACCGUCGAAAGACGACAAAGGGAAGAAGACAGAGCAGCCGCAGUAACAGUGGCGACGGUGCAUUAGCAGGGCAUGCAGUGGAAAUUAUUGGCCCAUCAAGCAGCCAGGUCGGAGGUAACAUCGGCCAGUCGAAAGCCCAACCUGCUGCCGUUGCUGCCUCUGCUGGGAGUUGGCGCGGCGGGUGUGUGGACAGCCGUGACAUAGACAGGAGCGAGAGCAGAAACAAUAGCGGCGGUCCAACAACCGCCGGUGUACGCAAUUCAGCAGAUCUUAAGAUCCCCAGUGGUCUCAGAUGGCGAGACGGCCGAGGGGUAAGGGGGGGUUGGGACUGCGAGCUGAACAGCGACUGCAGUCACCUCUCUGGAGGGGAGGAAAGAGGCUGGCGGUUCUCAGGCGACGAGUCCUUCAAGGAUGCCGGCAAGAGCAUCCUAGAUGCAGGUAUGGAGUUGGGGGUUGUCGUAGAAGGCGGCAAGGGUGAAGACAGCAAAAGAAACAACGACGGCGGAGGCGUCAGUGGCGGGCGAGGGUCCCGGAAAGACCCGGGGGGCUCUCGCCUCUGAUGUCCCACGUCUCGUGCGAAUGACACCGUGUAGAUUGAUGGCUCUACUUACCUUAUGCAGCUAAUAUACACACAUGAUUUCGGG